CUGGGGGAUUCGGAGCCGGUUCGACCCGGGAGUCCGUGCGCCUCGAGCUCUCGGGACGUGAAUUUUCUUAUAUGUCGGAGCCGGAGCGGCUUCGUGUUUUUGUUUGUGCGAUGUAGCUAAUGUUAGCUGGCUAACUAACAACACGCUCAGCUCCUCUGAGGCGGCGUCAAUAAUAAAGAAGCCGGCUCGUUGCACAUGUUCUGUGGGCUGGCUUUACUUUUUAAAGGGCUGACUGUAGUUCGGGUGGUGUAACAUUAAUGGUGGCCGCCGAUGCCCGUUGGAAAACCCGGUGGCACCAGUGUUGGUUCUGCUAUCUGGUAGCUAAUCUUCCUACUUCUCUCUGUGACAACCGUAGUCUUCCUCCUCUUAAAGCUGAACACACACACACACACACACACACACACACACACACACACACGCGCGCGCGCGCGCAGAGCCUCUUCCUCUCCCACGCGCGCGCGUGCGUGCCUCAACCCAGCGAGUUUGCAGUGCUUCGGGACAAAGCUGAGCGUGAGCAUUUCCUCCAUUAAACCGGUUUUGAUGCAUAUUUUCAAAGGAUUUAAAGAUUUGAUUAUGUGAUUGUUAAACGUGACGGAAGCCGGUCUCGCGCAUGGGGAUGUCUGAGGAGGCAGGCCGCCAGACACGCAGCCAGAAGAGGGCACUGGAGAGGGAGGUUGCUCCCCUUUCUAUAGAGCCCUCCACUGCUGAGAAUGAAAGCAAAAAGCCUAAACUGGACCUGCCCGAACCUACAGCACAAGCCCAAUCUCCUCCCAAACCCAACCCUGUACUGGCACAGGACAGUCAGAGCCGGACUAGCACAGGUUCAGAGCCGGACCAGGACCAGGAGCUGGAGCUGGAGCAGGAGAAGAAGCAGGACCGCUCGCCGUUAACUUUAGUGUUGCCCUUGGCCUCUGAGCCGGAGAAGGAUGAUGGGGAGCAGACCCAGAAACAGCAGGCAGCUGAAGCCAGCUCAGACAAUCGGACUGAGUGCAAUGACAAAUCCGGGAGGGCAAGGACGGAGUCGGGCAUGGAUACGCGGAGCCGGGGCCGACUGUCGGAGCAGAAGGCGUGUGGCGGUGCGCUGGCCGCAGGCGAGGUGAAGGCCACCAUUAAAGUGGAAGUUCAGACAGGAGAGCAGCCCGUGGACAUGAGCACCUCCAGAGGCAUAAAAAGAGAGAAGCUCCCUCCGUCCCUUGAAGACGAUGACGUCAUCGUCUUGUCGGAUAAUGACUCCCCCAGUCCACCAAUGAACGGCCUGAGCCACUUUAAAGAACUGGACACUGAACUCCUCAUGAAGAGCAGCCCGGCGGAGAGGGAGCGCAUCAUUAAGCAGCUGAAGGAGGAGCUGAGACUGGAGGAGGCCAAGCUGGUGCUGCUGAAGAAACUCCGGCAGAGCCAGAUACAGAGGGACACCCUGCAGAAGCCCUCAGGUCUUUCCAGCUCCUCUGCUCCUCCUCCUCUCAUUCGUGGAACGAUUGCCAGCAGUAAAGGCUCUCAGCAGGUUUUGGCGGGCAAAAGUUCGGGCACGGUUAUUCCUCCGCCGCUGGUGAGAGGGGGGCAGCAGGUGUCGUCCAAACACGGCUCUCAGAUCAUCAUGCCGCCUCUGGUCAGAGGGGCACAGCCCAUCUCUGUGUCUCCACAGCAGAUCCAGGCCCUUCGCCAGCAGCAGCAGCAGCAGCUGACCGUGUCCGGGGGCUCAGGCUCAGGGCCUCCUCCUCUGCUGUUGGGACCCAGGACCUCGACAGCCCAGGGACAGAGAGGCAUAGUCCAGUCGGGCCUCAUCAGAGUUGGCAGUAGUGCAAACACACUGGCCUCAUCUUCCAGUUUGAAGGGCUCCUCAGGAAGCAGCUUGUCCCUGCUUGGCGUGAAUGAUUCUCCAGCCAGCCGCCAAGCCGCAGCCAAACUCGCCCUGCGGAAACAAUUAGAGAAGACCCUGCUGGAGAUUCCCCCACCAAAGCCUCCUGCCCCAGAGUUUAACUUCCUGCCGUCAGCAGCCAAUAAUGAGUUCAUCUACCUGGUGGGACUGGAGGAAGUUGUGCAGAACCUGUUGGAUACCAUCCACAGAGGAAAGACAGGUGUUCUGCUGUCCAAGCCCAUUGUCAGAGACCCCUUCACCUGCAGUCAGUGCAACACUGACUUUACCUGCCGCUGGAGGCAAGACAAGACCAAAGGCGGGACUUUGCUCUGCGAGGACUGCAUGUCAUCCAAUCAGAAAAAGGCUUUGAAAGCUGAGCAUACCAAUAGGCUCAAAGCAGCGUUUGUCAAAGCACUGCAACAAGAACAGGAAAUAGAGCAGCGGAUAAUUCAGCAGACAUCCUCACAAAUCUCCCACAGUAGCUCCUCCUCAUCUUCAUCAAUGAAAGCAGAGCAUUUGAAGCAAGCCAGAGCGAGCCUCCCUGCCAGCCUCCUUCACCAUCACUCCAUCAAGAGCUCCCAGGGCCAGCUGUCCCACGGCGUGUCAUCAGUGGGUGUGAGGGGUGUCCACCACUCCUUCUCCUCCUCAUCCCAGCUGCAGAGUGCAGUGGCGGCGGCAGCUUUGGUCAGCCGGCCAGGUAAGCAUGCUCACGUUUCCCACCGCUCUGUCCAGAGUUCAAAGGUGAGCAGCAGUGGGAUCGGCGGCAGCAGGAAUGUCAGCGGAGGUAGUUCUUCAUCCAGUGCAUGGAAGAAGCAGAGCAACAGCAACACAGGAGUAACGAUGGCCUAUGUGAACCCCAGCCUGACUGGUCACAAGACAUCAGCCAGUGUAGAUGCUCGUCAGAGGGAGUACCUGCUGGACAUGAUCCCCUCUCGUUCAUCGAUCUCGCAGACUGCAAACACAUGGAAAUAACUGAAAUACUCUUAUAAUAUACAUUAUUAGUUUUUGUUCAAGUUGCUCAGUAAGGUCAACAGCACCUCCUUGAGGACUGUUUAGCAAAUACACUCUCAAAGUGAAGAAACCUUCCUUCCUUUUGUAUGAUUGUUGUUUUAGUUUUCUUAGUUUGUAUUGUUUAUUUUGAGGUUCAUGUUCUUUGGUGAGUAUGCAGAAACCAUUUUGAUUUGAUUAGAGCAAAGAAAAAACAAAUACUUGAAGGGCUUCCCCCUGGGUACUUCUGUCCUCCAGAUGCUGUAGUUUAACAAUGGUUCUAUCUGCAUUGAGUACCUUGAUUUAAAAACUUAAAAAUAAAACAGAAUCAGUACUCACCUCUGGGCUCAGAAGCUCUUUCUGCCAUGAUGUGGGUCAAACUGACCCAGCCUCUUGACACUUGAAUGGUUAUAGUUAUACCAAGAGUUCACGUUCUUUAACCUCCAUUAUUUUAAGCAAAAACAAAUAAACAAAAAGCUGUAAAAUUUUCAAUACAUCAUCCCUGUAGGUAAAGGUUUGGAUUUAUUUUAUAUUUACAAUAAGUUAUUUUUGUUAUUUUCUACUGGUGUUAAAAAUCACUCUGUAUAUUGUGGUUUCCACAUAUGAAGAGUUUAUUGUACCUUUCUUUUUUUCUUCUCCUGUUUAACAGCAUGCUGACCCUUAACCCUUUAUUCAUUUGGCACCUUAGCUAACGAAGCAUGGUGUUGUUGCCUAAUUCAUCUGUAAUUACCAUACGUAAUUUACACAUUUUAUAUUAAUGUCAGUUUUAUUUUGAGUGUUCUAUCACAGCUGAAAGAACCCAAACUCUGAAGGAGAUGGACUUGCUACAUUGGAGCAGACAUCUAUACCUCCCAUUUAUUCAAUGUGGCAAAUACAUACACAAUACAGUCCUGAAUCAGGUGGUAACAACCACUCCAUCUUUAUCAUGUAACCCUAACCAUGCUUCACACUUUCCCUGCUUCCUUGAUAUAAUUGCAUUGUACAAACUUAUGUUAAGAUUUAUUUGGUUUUACUUUUUUCCUAGCUCCUAAAGAAAUAAAUAAAUAUACAUUUUAAA